AUGAAAACUAUUGAAAACCUGAUCAUAAGAGAUAAUUCACCUAGCAUACCUGAGGCAAUUGAUAGACUCUUCAUGGACAUAGCAAAUAUCAACAGGGAGUCUAUGGCUGAAAUACAGGAUGCUCAGGUUGAAGAAAUGGCAGUAAACCUGUGGAACUGGGCAGUUACCAAGAGAGUAGGUUUGCUUAUAAGUGAAGAGCAGAAAACUAAAUUACGUCAUGUUGCUUGCAAGUUGAUGUGUAUGUGUGAAUGCUCAGUUGCUUCAGAAGACGCUAUUCAAAGACAGUUUUUGAUGAAUAUGAAAACAGGAAAAGGGUGGGUGGAUGUUGGAAAUACUCUGCUUGCUGAUGAAUUUUUUCAAGCUGCCAUGGUGAGUCUAGAGGAAUUAUAUGUUAGAUUAAUGCAGAGGAGCUUCACUGAGGCCCACUUGACCAUGCAGAAGAUUGCUGUAGAGAAGGACCUCUUCAAAGUGCUUUCUUACCAAGCAGAGUCUGCAAUUGCUCAAGGGGAUUUUCAAAGAGCAUCUACAUGUGCACUGCGUUGUAAAGAUAUGCUAAUGAGGCUCCCCCAAAUGACAGGAUAUCUUCAUAUUCUCUGUUACAAUUUUGGAGUAAAAACCUACAAUCAGAAUAACUAUGAAGAAAGUUCUUUCUGGCUUAGCCAAAGCUAUGAUAUUGGGAAGAUGGAUAAGAAUUCUAUUGGGCCAGAAAUGCUGGCUAAAGUUCUACGGUUACUAGCCACCACUUAUUUGGAUUGGGAUGACAGAGAAUGCUGUGAUAAGGCUCUUAGCAUUGUAAACCUAGCAAACAAGGAACAUUUAAGUCCCGCUGGGCUUUUCUUAAAGAUGAAAAUCCUCUUGAAAGGUGAAACAGCUAAUGAAGAACUCCUCGAAGCUGUCAUGGAAAUACUGCAUCUUGAGAUGUCUUUAGAAUUCUGUCUGAACAUUGUUAUACUGCUGAUGGAUCACAAAAGAGAAUCUGUUGGGUUUUAUUUCCUGAAGAUCAUCUGUGAACAUUUUAAGUCAUCAGAAAAUAUUGGAAAAGCUCUACUGCUCCACAUUGACAUGCUUUUACAAAGGAAGGAAGACCUGCUUGCCAAGGAGAAGAUUGAAGAAAUCAUUGUAGGUCACCAAACAGGAAGACAACUGACAACAGAAUUAGUAGGAUGUCUACAUGACAUUCUGUGGAAAAAAGCCAGCAGAAGUUUUGAGGUACAAAAUUAUGCUGAUGCCCUACACUGGUACUGUUAUUCUCUGAAGUUUUAUUCAUUUGAUCAAGCGGAUCUGGACUUGGCCAAGCUGCAGAGGAACAUAGCUUCCUGUUACCUGCAUUUGAAACAACUUGAUAAGGCCAAAGAGGCAGUGACAGAAGCUGAACGAUGUGACCCUACAAAUAUUUUCACUCAAUUUCAUAUAUUCAAGAUUGCAAUCUUAGAGGGCAACUCUGACAAAGCUUUGCAGGCAAUCACUACUUUAGAGAAUUUAUUAACAGAUGAAAAGCUGGAAGAUAAUAAUCUACUUACAGAUAGAGGUUCACCUACCCUGCUCCUAAGUUUAGCUGCUCAGUUUGCUCUGGAGAAUGGACAACAUAUUGUGGCAGGAAAAGCUUUGGAAUAUUUAGCUCAACAUUCAGACGAUCCACAACAAGUUCUUACAGCUUUAAAGUGUUUGUUUCGUCUUGUUCUUCCAAAAGUUUCUCAAAUGCCGGAAUCUGAAAAUAAAAAGAAAGAAAUGGACAGACUUGUGACUUGUUUGAAGAUAGCACUCCUGAAACUUGCUCAGCCUUUUGAUGGAGAAAACUCGACUUUGGAUGCAAGGAGUAAUGAAGCUCAUUGGUUUAGAAAAAUGGCUUGGAACUUGGCUGUGCAAUCUAACAAAGACCCAGUGACAAUGAGAGAGUUUUUCAUACUUUCUUAUAAGCUGUCCCAGUUUUGUCCUUCCAAUCAAGUAAUUCUGAUUGUGCAGAAAACAUGUUUACUUAUGGCAGCUGCAGUUGAUCUAGAGCAAGGGAGAAAAGCUUCAACAAUCUUUGAACGGACCAAUUUGCUGAAUCGUGCACUUGAGCAGAUCCAUAAAUGCAAGAACAUCUGGAAUCUCCUAAAACAAACAGGGGACUUCUCAAAUGAUCCAUGUGAGACAUUACUUCUGCUGUACGAGUUUGAAGUUAAAGCCAAAAUGAAUGAUCCAUCGCUGGACAGCUUCCUGGAAUCAGUGUGGGAGCUGCCUCAUUUAGAGAGCAAAACAUUAGAAACAAUCGCAUCAUUAGCAGUGGACAUACCUGCACACUAUCCUUCUAUCGCUCGCAAAGCCUUGAAAAGGGCUUUAUUUCUCCACAAAAAGAAAGAAUCAACUGAUGUUUUGAAGUACAGCAAAUGUAUGCACAAGUUGAUUAACCUUUCAGUGCCAGAUGGAGCUUCGAGUGCAGAUCUCUGUCCCCUGGAAGAAGUUUGGGGCUAUUUUGAAGAUGCUCUGAGCCUUAUUAGGCACACUGAAGGCUACCCAGAAAUGGAGAUUCUCUGGCUGAUGACCAAGUCCUGGAAUAUUGGAAUAUUUAUGUAUAACAGGAGCAAGUAUGUAUCUGCUGAAAAAUGGUGUGGCCUGGCAUUGUGUUUCCUUGACCACCUUGGCUCCCUCAAGAGAAGCUAUGAAAUCCAGAUGAAUGUUCUGUAUAGUGAGCUCAUGGAAGCAUUAGAUAAAAAUAAGGGCUCACUUUUCCGUGAAGAGUGA